CUGCCGCCAACUUGCAGAGCCGGAGCCGAGCGUCGAGCAAAGGGCGCGCCAACGCCGAGCGGCCGGAAAAACGCUUCCCCUCAGCUCCGAAGCCAUGCGAAGGGCGGGCGCUGGCCGGCGCCGGGAGCCUCCACUUGGGGCUGGGGGCGGCAGCGCUUUCCACCCGGGCCCGAGGAAGCCGCAGCCUGGCUCGGGGACGCCGUGGCUGUUGCUCCUUUCCCUCCUGGCCUUUGGGGUGAGCUCGUGCAAAGCAGCUCCAAUGGCAUCCCAUAGUCCACAAGGAGAACAUGAAUUGCAGAUGUGGAAUGAGAUAAAUGAUGUGUGUUCUACUUACUUGACCAGAGACACUUCACCUCAGUCAUCUAAUACAUUGGAGGAUCUAUGUAUUAUGGUUCUAGAACUUCUACAGAAGACUCAGGAUUUAGAUGAAAAGGACAACACCAAAAGAUUCUUAUUUCAUUAUACUAAGACCCAUGAAACAGGCAACUCAAACAUUCUGUCGUCUGUCCUGCAUCCUUUGCUGCAACUUGUUCCUCAACUGCAUGAGAGGAGACUGAAGAGAUACAAAGAGGACGAUGAACUUCGGAUACCUGGGGGAAUUCAAAGUAGAGGAUAUUUUAUCUUCCGGCCACGCAAUGGAAGGAGAUCAGCUCCCUUUCGCUAAAAUGAAUUGUUCCUCCUUGGACCUAGAAUUGCCAUAGGAUUCCAGACAAGAUGGGCUUUCUAUUCUUUAUUACAUUCACAAAUCUUUUUUUAAAAAAAGAUCAUUCACAAUGUAAAUUUAUUAUAAUUUGCAGUGCAAUACAAUGCUGUGCAUAUUUAUUCAUAAGUAAGUUGCAUUAUGUUUAGUUGGGUUUACUCCUAAGAAACUGCACAGGAUUGCCAUGUAAACCACAAGUAUUUCUCCAUUCCCUCUUUGUAACUGUGUGUAAUAAAACUAAAAGCAGUAUGACCUUGAUGUUACAUAAUUGCAUGCAAAAGAUCUUGUCAGUAACAGAGUAGCUACAUGGAGAGUUUUUUUUUCCCCUUUCUUGUAUUGUAAAUAAAAGCACUCAUUAGAGAAUUGAUUUUAAUGAGAAUAUUUUAAUGAGAAUGUUUCAGUUUUUAGUGUCAUGUUUUUCCUGGUUUGUGUCCUGUGAUUUGCAAUUAUGGUUUAAGUGUUUUUGUAAUAUAACUAGUUUAAUAUCUCACAUGGAUUAAAUGGGCCCUUCUUGUGUACUCUGAAAUUUCUGCUGUUGGAGAAAUAGAACAAUGUAACUAUAGUCAGUGAAAUUUGGAAAUGUAAAAAUUCAUAAAGAGGAGAAUUGAGCACCAUGAAUACAAAUCAUGUUUAGAAAACACAAAUGACAACAGUCUAUUAUUGUGCUAAAUCCAAUUUAUUCAUUCCAGAGAGAUGCUUGUGAUAGUUUACUAUUGUUGUUGUUUAGUCAUUAGGUUGUGUCUGACUCUUCAUGACCCCAUGGAGCAGAA